AUGAAAUAGGUACAUAGAAUUCAACAUUGAAUUUUUCACGCUUACAAUAUGGUAAGUUGAUUUAUGUUUGAAAACCAUGACACAUAAAAUCCCUAGCAUUCAAAUUUUUCACAACAUUCGAUCAUCGAGACAUCAAUUUAUUACAUUUUUACAAAACUGACUUUUCAUGAAAGCGAACGAAUCAUCUGUUAGCAUACUGUGUCAGAUAGACAUGUGUGAAGUGAUGGAAAAUCUGUUCGCACCAACCUAUCGACCUCUCGCGCUCAAAAUUAAUUUUCAUACUCCCAGUAGAUCUGAUCAUUUCUCAUAUGCAGAUCAGAUUUCAUUAUUUUAUCUGGAUAAAGAUCAAGAUUACAGAUCCAAACAUUUCCUGGAUCUGAUUGCAUGUGACCAGAAUCUGAUACAGUCAGAUCAAAAGUUUUUGUUCACAUUAGGUCAUUUUAGAUCCAGUAGGAUUGACCUGAUCUGAUGUGAUCAGAUUUGGACCUUCCUAAGAUCCGAUUUGAUUUCACCGUGUAAUCAGAUUAAAAAUUCAAGUCCACCUUGGACGUGUAUCCCUUUUUUAGACCUGAUCAAGUCUGGACAUAUUUUCUCAGAUGCAAUUUGAUUCAGCCAGAUGUAAUCAAAUCACAGUUUUGAUCAAAUAAAACCUCUUCAGAACUAAUCAGGUCCAAUUUUCUGGGAAAAUACAUGAAAAGGAAAAUAACAAAAAGCUUUACUAGGACAGUUGUUCAUUCUACCAAAAAAAAUUUCUGAAAUCUACACAUUGAAAAUCGUGACCAUAUUUCAAUCUUUAUCCAGUAAGUAAUGAAGUGUGGAAUAAUGUAACGUAACUUUUGUCAGUCAAAAAUGGUUCUACACUGACGUGAUUUUCGAUCUCGAAUUUUUUGUGUUUAUUGAAUUAUUCAUCUUCGCAAACCUCGAAACAUUCGAUCACUCCAUCAUCGCCUUCAUUCUUCAGAUACGAUCACAAAGCCGAGAAUUUAUUACAUUUACGCAACUGAUUUUUUUCCAUCUGCGUGAACGAAUCGUUUAUUAAUUUUCUGACUCACAUAGACAGCUGCAAAGUGAUGAAAAAUCUGUUCAUAACAAUCGGAAUUCUACCAUCGAUGCCUCAGUUUCAAAAUACAUCAUUCUGCUUGCAGUUUUCAAACACUUCACAACCAGAGAACUACCUUCUUCGUCCAACAAAAUGAAUUCGUCGAAGUUCAUCUCCUUCUAUAUGAUGCUAUUGUAUUGCAAUUACGCAGUAGAAGUUCAAUCAGAGAAGCAAAAAGCUUUGAUUUUCAAUCAAGAAACUAAACAGCUCAUGGAACUGAACGUCCAUGACGAUUCUGCAAAAUGUACCCAUUGAAUUCCGCCUGCCCUCUUUCUACGGAAAUCAUAAAGAAAGCUACCAUCAGUGGAUUUGGAUUACUGGUACAAAAAGUCUACGAUGAUGCAGAAAAUCCAACCAAAGUCGAAACAGAUAUCUGCGAUGAGCCAAUUACACCAUCGAUAGUCUUUGACCCAGUGUCAGGAAAUUUUGAGAUGGGAUAUGAGAUGUUUUAUAGAGAAGGACAAUUAAUCAAAUUGAAAUGCGACUUCUAUAAUGAUUUAUUAAAUAUUAUAGAUGGUAAACCAAACCAAGAAGAUAGACAACCCAUUAAUGACGAAUCUAUAACCACAAUCGAUGAAGAUGGCAAUACAACAUUUCAAAUGAAGGCUAACCCAGAUAAAACAAUGAUUGAAGAUGGUGAACCAAACCAAGAAGAUGGACAACUCAUCAAUGACGAAUCCACCACCACAAUUGACGAAGAUGCCAAUACAACAUUUCAAAUCAAGGGUAACCCAGAUAAAACGAUGAUUAUAGAUGGUGAACCAAACAAAGAAGAUGGACAACUCAUCAAUGACGAAUCCACCAACACAACUGACGAAGAUGCCAAUACAACAUUUCAAAUUAAGGACAAGCCAGAUGAAACAAUGGUUUUCUACUGGAUACCAGUGCUCACAUUGGAGUACUUUACUGACUCGAACCGCAGACAUAUUACCAUAAAAAAGGACGUAAUUAAUGAUUACUUCCAUAAAGAACGAGUCAUAUCUCACUGUGAAAAUUAUUAUUUAAGUAUUGGCGAUCAGAUAGUGCCAUUAGAACGCGAACAGGACGAGUUCAAACAACCAGCAGAUGAUAAUCCUUUAGAAAAAACUCAAAUAGUGCCAAUGCACAUGUUGCAUACAGUGCCAGGAAGACUUGCCACCUGUCUGUAUGCAAACAUUGCAUUUAUUUGGAGCAGCAUCGCGAAUGGUCAGUUGCAAGAGGUCGAUUUAUUCUUGUACACUUUAUAUAAACUACAUCCUGCAAACAUAAAUAUAUACUUUGGCGUUAAUUACGAAUUAGAAGAUACCAGCCCCGAAUUAACAGCUUCAGAAAAUCCGAUAUUCAACAAAUACCCAAUUCCCGGAUUCGUGUAUCGAAUUGUCGAAUGGACCAAUAAUAACUACGACAACUUAUCCGUAUAUAAAGUUAUUGUUGUAAUCCAUAACGAUACUAGAUCUAUAAAAGAAGGCGAUCGAAUAUGUUCAAAUUCAGAACAAGUGCCAGGUUGGAACGACAUAAAAAGCUCAGAUACCACUACCCUUACUGGGACAAGCUACACGUGCCCUUACUCAGGAAAAAAUACAUUAGAAAAAAUGGGACUUCAUCGAAAUUACAGUUGGCAAUCCUUCAGCGUGGAAAAUUUUCCUAUAAUUGACGAAUCGACAGGACACAUAUCUCUAUCAGACAUAAGUAAGCAAGUUCGAGCUGAAUUCAAUCGGCUUAAGAAUUUGAAUAAUUACGUGUAGUUGACUAACACACAUUUUAGAAUUUUAAUUUUAAUACCUAGUUAAAGAUUAAUAAUUGUAGAUUUAAGCC